AUGGUAGAGAACACAUCAUCUGUUAAAGUUAAUAAGAAAAGUAAGUUAGAUGGUAAACCUAAAAUUGAUUCAUUUCAUAAUAAGGAUGGCUUAUUACUGAAAACAUAUGCAUGGUUAGUUAAAAAUCCUGUUGGUGUUUUAAUAUUAGUUCAUGGUUUAAACUCGCAUGUGAGAUUAGAAUAUUUAAGACAUAAUGUAGAGGUAGUAAAUAAUAAUAAAGCAAUAUUAAAGGAUGAUGAAAAUUUCUACAUAUAUGAAAAUAGUUGGAUUGAACAUUUUAAUAAAAACAAUUAUUCAGUGUAUGGAUUAGAUUUACAAGGCCAUGGACAAUCAGACGGCUGGAAGAAUUUAAGAACUAGUAUAAAUAAAUUUGAUGAUUUAGUAUAUGAUGUGAUUCAAUAUAUUAAUAGAAUUCAUGAUUUAUUAUGUUUAUCUUAUAAAAAAGAUAACAAUAUAUCUCUUCAUGAUAAUAUUACUAAUACUAAAAUCCCUCCUUUUUAUUUAUUGGGACUUUCAAUGGGUGGAAAUAUUGUUUUAAGAAUUUUGGAAAUAUUAGGAAAAUCAAAAGAUAAUAAUAAAAAAGUAAAUAUAAGAGGUUGUAUUUCUCUAGCAGGAAUGAUUUCGAUUGAUCAUUUAACAUCAAAAGCUUCUUUUAAAUACUUUUAUAUACCUAUAUCUAAAAUGCUUUCUGCUGUAUUCCCAAGUUCACGUAUUACCCCAUCAUUGCAUUUUGGUAGAUUCCCAUUUAUUAAUGAUAUCUUUUCAUUUGAUAAAAAUAGACAUAAAAAACCAAUCACAUGCAGAUUAGGGUAUGAACUAUUAAAUGCUAUAACCAAUUUAAAUAAUGAUAUAGAAUAUAUACCAAAAGAUAUCCCUAUAUUGUUUAUUCAUUCAAAAAAUGAUUCUGCAUGUUAUUAUGAGGGAGUAGUAAAUUUUUAUAAUAAAUUAAAUAAUGAUAAUAAGGAAAUUCAUACAUUAGAGGAAAUGGAUCAUAUUUUAACCGUUGAACCUGGAAAUGAAGAAGUGUUAAAAAAGAUUAUUGAUUGGCUUUCAAGAAUACCUAAAGAAUAG